GAUGACACCAGAGAAUAGUGAAGACGAAGGUAAGAAAACGAAGAGAACAAAUAAGGGAAAGCCUUACACGGGCAAAGGAGAUGAUGAAUUUUGCCUUAAGAUGAGGUUUGAAUCGUCACAGCAAUUCAGGCAAGCUGUGCAAGAUUAUGCAGUUAAGAAUGGGAAGUCUAUUCGAUGGGUCAGGUCUGGUGUGAAGAAGGCAGAGGCUAGGUGUGCAAAGAACUGUCCAUGGAAAAUAUAUGGUAGACAGACUCAGAGGAAAGAUGCAUUUGUGGUGACGAUUUAUGAUCCAGAGCAUAGGUGCUAUAGAUCUGCAAGGAAUAGGCAAGCUUCAUUGGAAUGGCUUGCAAAUCAUUACUUGGAGAGGUUUAGGCAAAACCCAGAUUGGAGUAUUACAGAAAUGAUGAAUGACCUUGAUGUGAAAUUUGCUUUAAAAGUCACAAAAAUUGUCUGUUAUAGAGCUAGGGCAAAGGCUCUUACUAUCAUCAGAUGGUCAUUGGGUGAGCAUUACAAUUUACUGCCAUCUUAUAUUGCAGAACUGAAGAGGGUAAAUAGAGACAGUUUGUUUGAUAUGAUGGUUGAGAGGAAUGUUCCUGAAUCAGCUGCUAUAUUCAAGAGGUUCUAUGUGGGCUUUGAAGGGCUGAAACAAGGAUUUCUGAAUGGUUGCAGGCCUGUGAUUAGCCUAGACGGAUGCUUCCUUAAGACACAUCUUGGUGGACAAUUGCUUAGUGCAAUUGGUAGGGAUGGGAAUAAUCAGAUGUUCCCAAUAGCUUGGGCUGUGGUUGAAGGGGAAAAUGAAGACUCAUGGAGGUGGUUUCUCCAUAGGCUUACUUAUGAUUUGGGCAUUUCAGAUGGAUUUGGUUGGACAAUGUUGAGUGAUCAACAGAAGGGACUUCAAAAUGCAGUGAGAGCAUAUAUGCCUAAUGUCGAGCACAGGUUUUGUGCAAGGCACCUCUAUGCAAAUUGGAAGAAGAAUAAUAAGAUUACAUAUGCAUUGACGAACCUCUUUUGGAAGGCUGUCAAGUGCCCAACAGCAGCUGAAUUUAAUGAAGUCAUGAAUCAAAUGAAGGUACAUUCCCAAAAAGCUCAUGAUAACUUUAAGGCAGUUGGACUAGAGAAGUUCUGCAUGCAUAAAAUCAGCAUUUGGCCCAAGUGUGAGGUAGUUGACAAUAACAUGUCUGAAUGCUUUAAUGCAUAUAUACUGAAUGCAAGGACAAAACCAAUAAUAGACAUGUUAGAGGAUAUAAGGAGGGUCGUGAUGAAAAGACUGGCGGAUAAGAGGAAGAUGAUAUUGAAAUGCAAUGACACCAUAUGUCCUAGGGUGAGGAAGAAGCUCGAAGAGAAUAAGCUCAUUAGUGCGUUAUGCACACCCACACAUGCUGGACGUGAGGUAUUUGAGGUGGUAUAUAGAGAUGACACUUAUGGUGUGGAGCUCAAAAAUAGGACUUGCGGGUGUAGAAUGUGGGAUCUUACAGGAAUACCUUGUCCUCAUGCCAUUGCAGGCAUUCAUUGGUUGGGAAAGGAUGCAGAGGAUUUUGUUGAUGAUUGUUACACCAAGAACACCUAUCUAAAGGCAUAUGAUCAGCUUCUACAGCCACUAAAUGGGAAAAAAAUGUGGGAAAAGGUCGAGAGUGAACCUAUAUUACCUCCAAUAGUUAGAAGGCAAAUAGGGAGACCAAAAAAGGCCAGAAAAAAGGAUAAAAGUGAGAAGGAUAACGGGAAAGAUCAAGAAGAGGGGAAGGCCACACAAGAAUUCUUCAAGUUAGAUGGCUUCAGGUCAGGUGCAAUCAAAUCAGGUGGUUCCAGGACAGAUGGCCCAAGGACCAUCAAAGCUACCUGUUAG